AAGAAGAAAUUUGUUGAACCUGUUGAAGAAAGUGAUAAUAAACGUUACGUAACGAUUAUACCUGUUGGUUACCCAGGUUUAGAUGGACGACCAUUUUACAGCAAAGAAAUGAAUUCCCCGGAGUUUAAUCGUAUCCGAAAAAUGUCACCAAAUCCUACCACAGUUGCUGCAGGUAGAAAGAAAAUGGACAUUAGUAGUUCAGAAAGUGACACAGACUUUGAAUCCAGAAAAAGCUCAUUAGUACGACCUGGACAUUUUGAAUCGAAAAAAAUAAUGGUGCGACCAGGUGAUUCAUUCAACGAAUCUGCUCUAACAGCCCUAGAAGAAUUGGAUGCUGUUAUGGCUGCUGAGACGUCAGAUUAUGAUUCAGAGAAUAGACUAGGAUCAUCUAUAACUAUAAAUGGUAGUAAUAAUCACACCAGUCAUAGUUAUAGUCCUAGACCAAAUGUAAGGACUGCACCCCCGGCUCCUCCUGCACCACCACCACCACCACCAGCUCCUCCAGCACCUAAACCUUUUACAGGUGGCUCAAACCAAACAGUACAGAUGAAUGUGAAAAGAAUUAACUGGGAAAAAUUAAAUUCUAACAACGUAAAUAAUACUGUUUGGCAACAGCUGGAUGAUUCUGAGUUAAAUGAUAUUGUUAAGUAUUUAGAACUGGAUCAACAGUUUAGUACAAAGUCUGUUAAAACAGGAAUUGGAGAAAAGAAACCAGAAAUAUAUAUUUUAAGCCCCAAAAAAUCUUAUAAUAUAUCUAUUUUACUUGCUCAUAUGAAGAUGUCAAUAAGUGAGAUGAAACAAGCUAUGUAUUUGAUGGAUGAAGAAAUACUUACACCAGAAUUACUCAAACAGUUACUGGCUUAUUCUCCAAAUAAACAAGAGAUAGAACAAUAUGAUAAAUUUAAAGGUGAUUUUGAAGGACUUAGUAAAGCAGACCAGUUUGCUUAUGAAAUGAGUCAGAUACCGAACUAUGAACAGAGAUUAAAGGCCAUGUUGUUUAAAGCUAACUUCGAAGAGAAAAUAACAGAAAUGAAAGAGCACUUGAGAUGUAUCAAGUCAGCAUCGCAGGAGCUGCAUUUAAGUAAAAAGUUGGCUAAAAUUCUUGAGCUAAUCCUAGCUAUGGGAAAUCACAUGAAUAAAGGUAAUCAGAGAGUUGGUGAUGCUACUGGAUUCAGAAUAACAUUUUUAUCACAGAUUGACAUUACAAAGACAUCUAAUAAUAAAUCAACAUUCCUACAUGUAUUAGCUGAAGCUGUUUAUAAUAAAUUUCCUGAUGUAUUAACAAUAGGAGAUGAUUUAGUUCAUGUUCCAGAAGCCACUAAGGUGUCAAAUACAUCCUUGAAUCAAGAAUUACAAGAGCUAAGAAAAGUUCUUCAGGAUAUAUCUGAUACUUUGGAGAAAUUCAAUGGACAUAAACAUGUUAUAGGAACUAUUGAUAGAUUUCAAGAAGUUAUGGGUCAUUUUAUAGCAGAAGCAUCAGAUGAACUCCAGGAACUAUUCCAAUUACAGGCAGCUACUAUGGAAGAAUUUUCUAAUAUGGUUCAAUACUUUGGUGAAGAUCCAAAGAAGAUUGAUACCAGUGACUUAUUUGGUAUAUUCACUGAUUUCAUUACAAAAUUUGAGAAAGCACACAGACAUAAUAUGAUGUACAAGAGACAUUGAUUGAUACACAACAAGAGUUAAUAUCAUGUAUCUUCAGCAUAUCAUUAGUUUUCCAAAAGAUUGAAAACCGGAGGAUUCAGCUUGUUAUAUAUAUACAUAUAUAUGUAACCUCCAUUUGGAGUUGGGAAUCUUCAUAAAGCAUUUUAAUUUGAUUGAUCAUUAUCAAUAACAAUUAAUAAUUCUACCAUCUCCGAACCAACAGUUAUUUUAUGAUAAUCAAGUAUGUGUUUUUGGUCUAUAGGGUAGCAAAAUACAUACACCAUUUAAUUUGGUAGUAAGUUAAAUGGUGAUAGCUCACUGUGUCGGCUUCUAUAAUGUAUGGAGUAGAACAGUAGGAUAUUAAACCCCAUUUCGUUUCAUUUCUAUAAUGUAAGUGCUGUCAGAUGUGGUGAGUAAUAUUGCGAUAAGCCGUUACACAUAAAUUAUAUUGUCAAUGAUUAUCCCGGCCAAGGCAAUAGAAUAACCAAUGGUGAUUAUCACUGAUUAAUUGGAUGGUAAACGAUGAACCUGGUAACAAAACCACCAUUCUUUCCCCUACUACAAUGUUCCAUCUAUUUUAAUGCUCUUCAGAAUUGAUAUGCAGCAAAGUGAAAUCAACAGACCCAUGACAAUUAUUUUAAUAGAUAGCUAUUCUGUGAGUUAAUUGUUCUAGUUUCUAUAGAAAUAGGUGAUGCAGCAUUUUGUUUAUAUUUUGCCAUACGAAUAUUUGACUCGCAUGCUUUAUGAUAACACAAUUAUGAUCUCUAAAACACAAAACAUAACAUACUGAGACACAAUAGAAACACACCACUUUUAUAAAUGGAUGAUUAUAAUUUUCAUUUGAGAGAUACACUUUCAUCUUGUUAUUCAGAUCAGGUUGUUUUCACAAUCUCAUCCGAAAAAAAUUGAAUUCAAAAGAAUGGGAAGUUGAAUAUGGUGCAGAUAUAAUUACCACUCUACUCUUCUGUGGAAGACGCCAAGAUUACCGAGGUUGAUACAGCAUCGUUGCGUUAAUUCAAGAGGGCGUGAUUACCAGAACAACUGGAACUAGUAUUGCAUCCCAUUCAGUGUCUUAUCUCCUUCAUGCGUCGACAUUGCAUUGCGUGUGUGGCUUGAGUUGCAUUAUGUCUCUCCAGCAGAUCCAGUUGAGACUGUGGUGCGUUUUUCAUUGUGUCUAGCUAUGUAUAAAGCUGUAUAAGGUAUUAUACAUAGAGGAUAUUUGUCGUUUUAGAGUGAAUAACAUAUUUUAUUUCAUCGAGAAUCAAGAAAACUUAUAUUUUCACGAAUGCGUAGUAUGAGUGAAAAUAUAAACGUUUUCUUGCUUAGAGAUGAAAUAAAAUAUGUUAUUCACGACAAAACGACAAAUGUUCGAUUUAUUUUAUGAUUUUACAAUCAUUUUAGGUAAAAACAACAUGGACUACUUUGUCCGCUUCUAGCCAGUGGAAUAACACUUUUAUUUCACUGAUAAAACGCGGUAUUCCACUACUGAUCAUAAAAUAAAUGUGUUUAUUUGUUAUUUAAUUUAUUUAUUAUUUAAGUUGUAAUAUUGUUAUAAGACUUUUAAGUAUUGUUUGUCACUUUAAUAUACAUAUAACUUAAUGAUUCUAACAUUAAUAUGUAUUCAUUUUUUCUAAAAAACAUAUUGUGGCAUCCAUUUGCUUUUGACAUUUAAUUGGGUGAGAUGUUUAAUAAUUUAUUAUGUUUUUUUUCUUGACAUUGUACAUGUAGCCCAAUCACAUAUAAUAUGGAUGAAUUUUUUUUCAAAUUUUACACACGCUUAAUUUUUAUGUGCCAUAUUAUUAUUUUUUGUUUUGUUUAUGGGAAAUGCAAAAUGCAAUAAAUUUAUCGGAAAUGCAAUAAAUUUUAUUGAAUAAACUCCUUUUGCAAAGAAAGAUUUUUGCUGUAGCUUGCAUAGGCUUUUA